AUGAAACAAGUCUAUCCCAUGGUCCCUUAUGGCAACUAUCCUGUAGCCCACAUUUCAUAUGAGGUGAACAUCUUGGGUUCGAGGGGUCCAAGGCGAAUGCGGUGCAUCAUGGAUUCUAUACCGGCUUCUGCAAUUGAACCCGGAGGUGUGGUUCAUCUACAAACUGAUUUUCCGCAUGGCAACCUAGAUUCGUUCCUUUCCAUUCCAUUUUUCAGAUCAAAAUCAACUUCCGUAGAUAGUUUUCAAUGCGGACCAUCAUCAACAUUGAAAGUCGAGAUGCUAAGUUUGAAAAACAAGUCUCCUACAUGGAACGAACAACUCCAGUGCUGGUAUCUCAACUUCAAUGGACGUGUGAAAGUCGCUUCUGUGAAGAACUUUCAGCUGGUUGCUUCUGCUGAGAAUGGAGCCGGUGGACAAGAGCACGAGGAUGUUAUUCUCCAAUUCGGAAAAGUCGCAAAGGACGUGUUCACAAUGGACUAUCAGUACCCGACCUCUGCUUUCCAGGCAUUUGCCAUUUGUCUCAGCAGCUUUGACACCAGAACUGCUUGUGAAUGA